AUGUCGAACACAGCAGAGCCAUUGGACCCGGCCCUCUACGAAUCCCAGGCCGGGAUCCCCAUCGCCGUCGUCACCGUCACCCUCACGAUCGCCCUCACGGCUGUAUGCCUCCGAACAUAUGUCCGCGCCGUCAUGAUCGGCCAGUUUGGCGCCGAUGACUGGGCAGCUGUCGUUGCUCUCGUGCUUGCCAUGGGCAGUGGAAGCUUAGCCCUUCCAGAUACCAUGUAUGGUCACGGCCAGCAUCUGGCGGUGGUCGAUAAAUCACAAUUAUGGAAAUAUUUUAGGACUUUCUAUAUCUCUAUUGUGCUCUACAACGGCUCCUUGACAGCAACGAAGCUCACCUUCCUCCUUCAGUACUACCGCAUCUUAGGGACGGGCCAUAUGCGGACCGUCAUCAUCGCCGCCUUCGUCUUUGUCGCCAUGUGGUCGGUAUCGCAGCUCCUCGUCGUCAUUUUCACUUGCAACCCCAUCCACAAGUUCUGGCUUCCUGAGACGCCCGGCACAUGUAUCCCCAAUCUUCCUUUCUGGUAUUACAACGCGGCAGGAAACAUUGUCACCGAUGUUAUCGUCUUCGUUCUGCCGCUCCCGGCCCUGACCCGCCUGAAUCUUCGCAAGGGCCAGAAGCUCGGCCUGAUUGGUGUUUUCUGCCUCGGUUUUUUUACAUGCGCCAUCUCGGUCAUUCGAAUCCAGUACCUCAAGCUGAGCGAGGAUGUCACCUGGGACAACGUUGCUUCGUCAUGCUGGUCCAUCAGCGAGAUCUGCUCCGGCAUCACGUGCGCCUGCCUCCCGACGCUCCGACCGCUCCUCUCCAAAAUCAUCCCCAGCAUGCGCUCGCAGAGCGACCGAAACGACAACAAGUACUACCGGCGCUCGUCCGGACGCGACAUUUCCAACGCCAGCCGCCUCAAGAGCACCGACGAGAACGCCAGUAGCAGGGGCAUCAUCUACCCAGAGGACGUGGAGCUGCAGAGCGACGACCGGUCCGACAAGGAGAUCAGGGUGACGGUGGAUCGGCUGCAGCAGCCGUCAGCGGCUGCGGGCGCGCAACAGUACGGGCCGUCCAUGGACAGGCUCAGGUUGGGGCUGAAGACGACGGUGCGCACCGAGGUCAAGGUCGGGUCUCCUGCGCUCGGGAAUUACACAAAGGGCUGA